AUGCUCAAGCUACAAGCAAGAGGCGCUACUCGUAGCACUAGCGUGCUACUUGUUGCGCAAGCGAGGGAGCUGAUGCCGCAGAGCAUCACCAUCUUGGCCUUACACGCGUCACAUGACCUACCCGCAGCUCAGAGGCGCCUAUGCGCAUGUCUCAGUUACCGGCCAGAGGCUGACCACCUGCGGCCCAGAGGCGCGGGAUAA